CGUACCAGAGCCUGGCUGUCCCCCAGAUUGGAGAAUGUGGCCUCUCCUGUUCUCAGGGCUUCGACUGCAAGAGCCGAGUGAGCCGGAACAUUUUUAACAGCUUCUGCCGGCAACCCCCCACAUCCAUGUCCCCAUCGGUCCUGGAGGCCCUGAAACUCACCACUGCCAUGAAGUGUGCCCCCCAUGAGGGCUGCUCCCUAGUCCUGCGUGUGCAGGCUUCCCUCAUACUGCAUGAUAGCCUGCGGGGCUUGGAGGCCUGCUCCAUGAAUCUCGACACCCAGGAGACUCAGUGUCAGAACGUGCGGGUCUCCAGGGCCUCUCGUCGACGGCAGGUGGGGCGGCAGCUCCAGGUGCAUUUUGAUUGCUUCGAAGUGAGUGUGGCUCAGAGCCUCUACGUCACCCUGAGGACCGUCCCCCACUUCUGUGGGGUCCAGCUGGACCAGCAGUACCAUGUGGAAGUCGAGAAGUUCUCCUACUGGGUGGACCGCAGCCGCAAGGUCAUUCUGGUCCAGGUGCCCGAGGCCCCCGGGGCCCCCGACUACUACGUCCGGCUCUGCCUCAAGUGGUUCACCUGCGAGGAUGUGGGUGCCCCGGUGCGGGUGACAGUGAACAGGAUGUCCCGCACCGUGUCUCUGCCCUACAGCCAAGAGCUGCCCUGCCUUUGCCUUGAGGGCUGGUCUGCGACCCCUGACGCCGUGCGGAUGCAGGCCUGUCCCUUCGAAGAUGAGACAGAGGCCCUGUGGGACGCCAUCCGCUACCACCCGGGGGACCAGGCACUGAGCUGGGAGCCGGCCUGUCCCGUGAGUGGUCACGUGAGCCUGUGCUGGCGCCCGGGGCCAGGGGCCCUCUGCCACAGCCUGGAGCACUCCGGCCGGCCGGCACACGGCAGGGUGCAGUACCCGCUGGUGGACGCACAGCCCCAGCUCUGCCUGAAGUUCUCCACCAGCCGGGGCUUCCGGGUGAGGUGCCCUUUCCAAGAGCGAGGCUUCCAAGCGCUGCCCAUUUCCAGGUGCACCUGUGUCACCAGAGGAAGUCAUGGGCCCCUGCCUGCCGCCCAGUUCUCGGGGCCACGGCCCUCCCCUCAGCCUCAGUGGGUGGUGCUGCCCCACCCAGCCCUCAUCCACCUACUGCAGUCCCAGACCUGCUUCCCUGUCAUCAACCAACAAAGCUCCUCGGGGGGCCUGUCAGCCCAGCAGCCUCCCCAGGCCGUCGCUCUGGGGGAUGCAGUCAGGGUGCGAGGGAGGCCGCAGGCUGGGCUGACCGAGCUGCCCUGCGCCCACAGGGCUGGAGGACUGAUGUGCUCUUCUCCGCCCCCCAGCAGCUCUGUGACCUUCAGUGCACUGCCACCCAGGGGACAGCAGACUGAGGCCAGGAGCCUCAUCAAGGACGAGCGAGUGCCCUGGCUGAAUGCUGGGGUGCAGCGGAGGCCAGCUCAUAUCUGGGUCCCCAGGCCUCUGGCAGCAAAAGCCAGGCCUCAGAAUUUGGAGGUGGCUCACCUGAACCCAGGCUGUGGGGCCAGCCUCCUUCCGGCUCCCCAGAGGCGCAGCUCCCUGGGGGCCCUCAGGAGGGACCCCCGGGUAGGCGCGCCCACUCGGACCAACUGCGGGGUCCCCGAGAGAGGCACACUGCACCCCAGUAUCGCCCCUAGCAGCGCAGCUCCCAUCUCCAUGCUGGUCCGUUCAUCUUUGGGGAUGCCGCAUCCACGCCACGCGCGACCCCGGCCCCUCCCUCGCAGCGUCUUGCCUCGGGGACUCAUCGCGGUGGUUCGUCCGCUCGUUCAGUCCAGCCACUCUCGGGAUUCGCCCCCGCGACCCCCCGGGAUUCUCAUCGGCGACCCCCCGGGAUUCGCAUCCGCGACCCUCCGGGAUUUGCACCUGCGACCCUCCGGCUUCUCCUCUCAGGCUUUCCGAUGA